AUGCACAAAACGCACAGUGCUAUGUACGCCCUGGUGUUUACAGCCGAUCUAAUUGUAUGCAUUUUGUUCUGGGGUAUUUUCAUGGUGGAUAAAGGUUUGUUAGCUAACGAAUCAGAGUUAAAAGCACUUCCGUCAUGGUACAAUCACUCCUCUCACACUGUUGGUAUAGUGGCUAUCAUCAUAGACGCUCUACUGUGGAAGCCGGCAAGCCUACCUAUAUCAAGUUCAAUUCUGUUGAUUGUAACGUAUUUUGGCGGUUAUGUACUAUACGUGGAAUACCUUAUACGUGUUCAUAAUCUUUAUCCAUACCCCAUACUUGCGAAUUUCUCUGAAAGCGGAAGAUUUGGGUUCUUUGGAGUGAUAAUUAUUGGGAUAGCUUUAUGUUUCGGUGUUAGCAUAUUGAUUGUUCGUUCUUUGAAUAAAAUACCUCGUAAAAAGAUGACAACGAAAUCACACCAACGACUUGAAAAGAAAGAAGUUACUGCAGUUCAAAGUCGUAUUGGAUAUCCGUUUCUGGAUAAUAUUUUAUUGAGAAAUAAAUAA